AUCGAAUACUCCCAAGUAUCAGGUCAUGAAACUAUACUUUUAUAUACUUGUGUAUUGGGUCCCAAUGUAAAAAAUACAGUGGCUUUUGUUUUUUUACUUUGGGUUCCUGGGGAGAAAGUAAGUAUCCACUUUAGAUAAAUGCACCCAAGUUUGUUACAGCUUUUGGAUGAAAGAAGAGAUUUUCGUGCGUGGGAGCCAGUCAGAGGACUCUGUCCUGGGUUGCAUCUCACUUGACCAGACUUGGUGCCAGUGGGUGGAAUUCAAGGGAGCGAGAAGGGAGCCAUUAUCAUCAGGAGAACUUCAUCCCCCAGCAAGCAUUUCUCCGCCUGGCCGGAAGUGGGGCGGUCCCCCGGGGGAGAAAGCAGCCGCAGAAUGAGGCAGUAUGGUGGCCGAGAGUUCUAAUCCCUUCUUUUCCUUCUUUCUUAGUCCCGCCCAGCCUACAUUUCCCAGGAGCCUGCGCGCGCUCUUCCGCUCUGCCCUCUGCUCCCAAUCUCCCCGCCACUCCCCGGGGGAGGGGAGCGGUUUAGUGCGCCUGCGCUGUUCCUUGGCUUGCUGGGAAGUGAAGUUCCAGAGGCCUAUGCGAUCCCUUUUCCGCUGGCCCCGGACGGACUACAAGCCCCAUGAUGCAUUAUCCACCUCCGACCCUGAAGCCAGAAACUCAGCCUCCAGAGAAACGUCGGAGAACAAUUGAAGAUUUCAACAAAUUCUGCAGUUUUGUCUUGGCUUAUGCCGGUUACAUCCCCCCUAGUAAAGAGGAAAGUGACUGGCCAGCCUCUGGCUCCAGCUCUCCGUUGCGCGGUGAGAGUGCGGCAGACAGUGAUGGCUGGGACUCAGCCCCCUCAGAUCUCCGAACCAUCCAGACGUUUGUGAAGAAAGCAAAGUCAUCCAAGAGGAGGGCAGCUCAGGGGGGUCCCACUCAGCCAGGACCCCCAAGGUCCACUUUCUCUCGUCUGCAGGCCCCUGACAGUGCAACUCUGCUCGAGAAGAUGAAGCUCAAGGACUCUCUCUUUGAUCUAGAUGGUCCCAAAGUGGCGUCCCCACUGUCCCCCACCUCCCUGACACACGCCUCCCGGCCCCCUGCUGCUCUUACCCCAGUACCCCUUGCCCAGGGAGACCUCUCCCAGCCCCCUCGAAAGAAGGACCGGAAGAACCGAAAGUUGGGGCCAGGAGGGGGGGCUGGCUUUGGGGUGCUUAGGAGGCCUCGGCCAGCUCCUGGGGACGGGGAAAAGAGGUCUCGAAUUAAGAAGAGCAAGAAACGGAAGUUGAAAAAGGCAGACCGAGGAGAUAGACUCCCACCUCCUGGGCCUCCCCGGGCACCCCCCAGUGACACAGACUCUGAAGAGGAGGAGGAAGAAGAGGAAGAGGAAGAAGAGGAAGACAUGGUAGCCAUGGUAGGGGGGGAAGCCCCAGCCCCCGUGCUGCCAACACCCCCUGAGGCUUCUAGGCCUCCAGCCACAGUGCACCCCGAAGGAGCCCCUCCCACCGACGGUGAAAGCAAGGAAGUGGGCAGCACUGAAACGAGCCAGGAUGGUGAUGCCAGCUCCAGUGAAGGCGAGAUGCGGGUCAUGGAUGAGGACAUCAUGGUAGAAUCAGGUGAUGACUCAUGGGACCUGAUCACAUGCUACUGCCGAAAGCCCUUUGCAGGGCGGCCCAUGAUUGAGUGCAGCCUGUGUGGGACGUGGAUCCACCUCUCCUGUGCUAAGAUCAAGAAGACCAACGUCCCUGACUUCUUUUACUGCCAGAAAUGCAAGGAACUGCGGCCAGAGGCCCGGCGGUUAGGGGGUACUCCCAAGUCUGGAGAGCCCUGACAUCGCCGUGCCUAGGCUGGGACUUCCAUGUGACAGCAUGACUUGGGAGCUGAGCCUCCGGGUCUUCGGCCCGUCCCCCUGGAGCUUGGGUAUUGUCCCACUGGGAGGCAGGAAUUCCCACUGGAGGCUGGUUUGGAAAGGAGUGUCUCACGUUCCAACCUUAUCUUUCCUUCCCGCCUUGUGGACUUGAAUAUGGACCUGCUGCAGUUGGGGGUGAGAGGCUGGUCCCUAGACACAUAAUUUCUGUUCCUUAGACCUGCCACCCUUCGCUUUCUGGGCCAGGGUUGGAAUUGGGGUGGAAUGGGACAGCUGGCUAUAAAACUCUAGUGUAAAUAGAGCACUCCCCUUCUUCAUCUUUUCUUUUAUCUCCCCAUUUAUUCUACACCGGUUGUAUUUUUAAUUUUGGACUUCCCCUUUUGGGCAGGGCAGCUCGGAGGUGGAGUACCAACCAGGGUCUGGCCAAGGGAGGAAGGAAAACAGGUGACGAUAUGUUCGCUCACCUCUUUUGUUUUUAAUAAUAUUGGCCAGCUGUUUGUACAGACAGCCUGCGUGUUGUAAAUAAAGCAGAGUGGGCUCUUUUGUGUUUA